AUGGGGAUCGACGAUAAAAGUAUAUCGUGGAGGGAUGCUCUUAGUGCUCUUUCACUUCUUAUUGCGGGCUAUUCGACAUAUAGAUACUAUCGAUCACUCAGUGAAUCUACAAUUCCGCCAGUAAAGAAAGGUGUUGAAGAACUUAUAGGAAACACUCCUUUAGUGCUUAUAAAAUCACUUUCGAAUGCAACAGGAUGCAGGGUUUAUGCCAAGAUGGAACUGUGCAAUCCCGCGGGGAGUGCAAAGGACAGAGUUGCUUAUAAUGUGAUCCAAACCGCUGAAAAGACAGGCCAGCUAGUCAGAGGCGAGCCCGGAUGGGUAUUUGAAGGGACCAGUGGUUCGACGGGUAUUUCCGUUGCAAUGCUUUGCAAUGCUUUGGGCUAUAAAGCGCAUAUAUCACUACCCGAUGACACAUCCAGUGAGAAACUUGCACUCUUAGAGAGUCUUGGAGCUGUAGUGAACAAAGUGAAACCUGCAAGUAUUGUGGAUCCCGACCAGUAUGUCAAUGCCGCUAAGAAAUCGGCCGAGGCAAUGGUCAGCAAAGGAAUUCGUGGUGUCUUCGCUGAUCAAUUCGAGAACGAGGCAAACUGGCGAAUACAUUACGAAGCAACUGGACCGGAAAUUUAUAGACAAACUGGCGGCGAACUUGACCUGUUUAUAGCCGGUUGCGGGACUGGUGGUACGAUUACAGGCGUUUCUAAAUAUCUGAAGGAGAAUAUGAAGACCCAGCCGCACGUAGUGCUUGCAGAUCCUCAAGGUUCCGGUUUCUAUAAUAGAAUCAAUUACGGGGUCAUGUAUGAUAAUGCCGAGAAGGAAGGGACUAGGAGAAGGCAUCAGGUUGAUACCAUUGUUGAAGGAAUAGGUCUGAAUAGAAUUACUAGGAAUUUUAAGUUGGGUGAAACUUACAUCGAUGAAAGUAUACGAGUUACAGACGAGCAGGCAAUCAAGAUGGCCAAAUUCUUAACUGUCAACGAUGGUCUCUUCGUCGGUAGCAGCACUGCUAUCAAUGCUGUGGCCGCAGUUAAGAUGGCAAGAAGGACGUCUACUGGGUCGAAAAUUGUCAUCAUAGCAUGCGACGCAGGUUCUAGACAUCUCAGUAAAUUCUGGAAGGAGGCUAAAAAUGUAGACUGUAAUAUAACAUUGGAUCAAGUCAUUGGAGAAUAG